AUGACGGAGCGUUCUCUCAUGAUCCGCCACGCGCUGGCAGGGCGCUACUUUGCCGUUGGCAUGGAUUUCCCCAGCGCGAGGGUGUUUGACGUGGCCACGGGGUCGCUCGCGGCGGUGGUGGAGAUGCCGCCGCGGAGUCGCACGUCUCUUGCGGUGGUGUCGUUGACGGCGCUGGCGCUGGGUACCAUUGCCACGCCACAGUCCGCGGAAGAGAAGGUGGAGGAGGAGGCGACAAAUGUGGUGGGCGUCGCCGGCGUCUGCUACGCGGCGGUGGGGCUGAGCAAUGGUACGAUGCUGCUGCAGAAUGUGGCGAGGGACGAAGUUGCGCAGCAUCUCGCCGUAUCGGACACGCAGCAGGCGAUUACGGCGGCCGUGUUUUGCGGUCAGUAUUUAUUUUGCGUUGCGACAAACCGCUCGCUUUGCGCCAUCGACUGCCUGCGUGGUGAGAGUGUGGCGUCCCACCUGCGGGUGCAGCACGACGUCGGCGCCAUCGCCGUCAUGGAGGGCGCAGCGCAGGACACGCAGCACGGCUCACAUGCGAAGGGGUCUGUCUUCCUCGUUUUUGUAUCGGGACCCACCAACGCGGUGUACACGCUUCGCCUCAGUAGUAGCGGCGACGCCCAAAACACGGGGGCGACGAUGGAGCGGCUGGUGUGUUUUGCGUCGCAGGCCUCCCGCUCCGACUUUGCGUGGAUGGGCGGCAACCGGAAGCACCCGGUGGUUGUGACCGCCAGCGCCCAGGAGGGUGUUGUGCGGGUGUGGGACGCAAGUUCAACCGUCAGCAGUCAAACAACGUCGGCGCGCUGCCGCCGCAGUCUCCUCUGUGGGCAACGCAUUUUGGACGUCUCCGUACACGACCCUGACACCACACAUAACAGCAUGGACAGCCACCGUAACGGCGUCGACAGUGGUGAGGCCUUUGUGGUCGCCACCACCUUAACCGGUGCGGUACUUGUGUGGAAUCUUGGUAACACGCUGUUGACGUCUCUAGCGGAUCCGGUUCUGACGCCGCCGACGCUCCGUAUUGUCUCAAAGGAGAUCUCCGCACGACUGCUCUUUGGUGCUUUCAUGCAGAGUGAGGCGGGAACGCCUCCACCGCUGCUGGUUUUGCGUGGCCGCUUUGCGAUGCCCCACUUUGAGGUGGUGGACCUACGCGAGGCCAUGCGGAAGGCGUCCACCACGUCUUCCACAGCUGCUGCCGUAUCCGUGCUGGUGGAGGAUGGUGCCGUCUAUGAGAUGCCAGCAGGGUCGCAGGCAGGGAAGGGCGGAGGGAUUGACGCCGUGCACGCCGACAUGGAGGUGAUCGACCACGCCUGGGUCACACACUGCCGUCAGCAGCUGCUACAGCAGCAACGCCUCGCCGCCCGUGCCACCCACACGCCCUCGGAGGGCUUUGUUUCACCCGUGUCGUUUCACGCAAAGAGUGUGAAGGACAUCCCGCAAAAGAGUCUGACGCUGGAGCAGCGGCUGAAGCAAAUGUCACUUGCAUCAACAGCAUCGUCGCAGCAGCAGCAACAACAACAACAACAUGCUCUGGGGCUCGCGACAGUUCCUCUAUAUCAGGCGCUUCACGCCUGUGACGCGUCGGCUGUGAUGGAGCUUCUCACCGUUGCUUCACGGUCUGCAGCGGACAUCCGAGCAACGGUGAUGGGGCUCCAGCUGCCGUACUGUCUGCAGCUGCUGCAGAUUCUUGCGCAACGCGUGCGUGGGGCAAACUCUCGCUCUCCCCUGUUUGGCUGGAUAGACGCCAUUGUGCAAUACCGCGGCGUUGAGAUGUACCAGACGCAGCAGCUAUUCAAACAACAACAACAACAACAACAACAGACGGAGAAGCAAAGCGCACCUCUUGGCAGUAGCAACAACGGCGUGGAUGGGACGCCGCCACCGACGACAGCCUCCGAGGCUGCAACCUCCAAGGCAAAGCCCUCACCACCAAAGGACUUUGUUGCGCCCCUGUUGCACCAGUAUAGGAACAUGACCGCUCUCUACGACCCCCUGGCGGCGAUGUACGGUCGGCUCUCCAUCUUCAAGUCCGUCCGUCCAUCGGAGAGGGGCGCAUUUGCAAAUUCAGACGCCGGCAUUAUUUUCCCAGCGAUGUUCACGGAGAUUCGCUGCGCCGGCGGAGAGUAUCGAGCGCUGCGGGUGAGGAGUAAACGCGACCCCCACUCUAGCAAGAACAAAAAGCGUGGUGCCAUGGCGCUGCUUCGCAAGGCGCAGCGCCUGGCCGCUGUCGAGGAGGAGGAGGCAGCGGCAGCAAACAAGAUGCACGCGGGCGCCGACGACGACGCGGAUGAGGAGGACCUCGACAUGGACGCGCUGGCUCAGAUGAACCUGGACGAGGACACCAGCGAAGAGGCGGAGGCGACUCCGGGUCGGCGCGCACGCGAGAAGCAGGCGGAGAUGAUUGCUGAGGUGGAUCGCGGCUCCUCCUACGGCAUCGACGCCUCCACUCGCAGCAGCGAGGCGGAGUUUGACACGGCAAGCGACGACGACGUACACUCCGCGGCAGACGGCGACAGCGACAGCGACGACGAGGAAGACGACGACAGCAGCAGCAGCAGUAGCGGCGUUUCCGACGCCGACAUGAUGGACGCCGACGAUGACGAGGAAUACGGCGACGAUGAGGAUGAGGCGGAGGAUGGCAUGGGCGAGGACAUGGCGGAGCUGCUGCAGGCGCAAGGAGAGGAGGAGCAGCUCGAGGAGCGGCGACACAAGCGAGUAAGGACAGAUCACUAA